AACGGUUGCAACUUGUUACAGAACAUUUCAUUAAAAAGUUAAAAAUAUAUUAUUUCUGAGAAGUAGAAGUUAUAGUUCAAUUUAGAAAUGUCUUUGGUACCCUUGUUAUUUCACGAUUGGUGGGAGGAUUAUGACCACCCAAUGCGACUUUUGGAUCAACAUUUCGGAAUGGGUCUGAAUCGAAAUGAUCUAUUAACUUCCUUACAUGCUACACCAUCAUUAUUUCGAGGGGGUUACUACAGACCCUGGAGAAGUGAAAUUUCCGAACGUGGGUCCUCUUCCACCAUAAAAAAAGAUAGCGACAAAUUUCAGAUUACCUUAGAUGUGCAGCAAUUCAAGCCCAAUGAAAUAAUGGUCAAAACUAAGGAUAACUACGUAAUUGUAGAAGGAAAGCAUGAGGAAAAACAAGACGAGCAUGGAUUCAUUUCUCGUCAUUUUGUGAGGCGUUACAUGUUGCCAAAAGGUCAUGAAUCGGCUGAUGUAGUGUCCAGUUUGUCUUCAGAUGGAGUACUAACUAUAACUGCCCCAACAAAAAAUAUCCCGCCGGUGGAUAAUGAACGUGUUGUUCCAAUAACACAAUCAGAAACAGAUAAUGAAACAAAAGCAGAAGCUGAGGCAAACUAAGUCUAUUUUACAAUAUGGAUAAUGCAGGAAAAGAAUAAAUGUUAGAUAUUUCCUUCCCGAGAUAAAUAUAGUAUCACCACCCUCUACAAAACUCUCUUGACAUAAAUGAAUACACAUUUAACAGGAAAUACUAAA